AAAAACUAUUUCGGGGUCAAAAAUUUUAAGGGUACUAACUUUAUUCGUACAAAGCACAACAAAACUUUUUUCACUUUGGUCAUACAAAUAUGUCGACAUAUAAUUUGACACUUGGACAAAUUGAAGAAUCUUUGGGGAAAUUAUGCACAAUUAAACUGAAAAAUAAUGAAAAAGAUCUGAAAGGAUAUUUAUAUAAUAUAGAUCCUGUGACUUUAACAAUAUUUUUAUUACAAAUUGAAAAUGAUUUUAAUAAAAAUGAAUUACCAUCUCGAUAUAAAAUUUUGGUUGUCAUGAAUUAUGCUAUAUCAGAGUUUAAAGUGAAUAAUGAGGAGAAUGGAAUAUCAAGACAUAUAUUAGACAACGUAGUUAAUCAAAGAAUUGAAGAUUUUAAAAAUGAAUCAGAAAAAAUGCAACAAAGAAAAAAAGAUUUGAUUUUAUUAUUUGAAUCGAAUCGAAUUCAAAUAACCUACACAAAUGAUGACCCUGUUGUACAUAUUUUAGAUAGAGCACAUAUAUCACCACCUUAUGUCAUUUCUUCUAUUGAAUGUAAUAAUGAAAUUAUUCUGCAAAGAGUAAAAGAAAUGAUGGUACAAUUACCAAUUUAAUAAAUUCUAGCUCAACAAUGGUUUCCAGAACUGCUCCUUAAGUAAGUAACAAAUUAAAUUAAUAACUUCAGUAUAUUUUUACAGAACUCCUAAAAUAUAUAUACAACUCAGAUUUUUUUAUACACUUAAUUUUUAUAUAAAAUAUAUAAAAUAAAAA